AUGCCAUCAAUGUACUGGAUGGAAACCCAUGUGUCAUGUGAAUAGACAUGACAAAAACAGCCCUCGUUAAAUUACUUUUGGCAAUAGUGAUCACAUUCAUUUUAAUUUUGCCAGAUUAUUUCAAGACACCAAAAGGAAACAUGUUGGAGCUAUCAUGUCUGGAAGUGUGUUUACAACCUAAUCUCACCUAUUCCCUCUCCUCCUUAAAUUUUUCUUUCAUGACUUUUCUGCAACCCAUAAGGGAAACUCAGACUAUGAUGAGAAUCUUUCUAAAUCACUCCAACUUUCAAAACUUCACCAGGAUUUGCCAAGACAUCACAAGUGACUUUAAAAUGUGUUCCUUAUGUUUGGUUUGUGAGUCCGAAGGAAACAUGGAUUUGAUUUCUCAGGAACAAACCUCAAAUGUUCUUAUCAUGAGAGGAUCAAUGGAAGCGAAGACAAGUGAUUUUCAUUCACCUUGUCAACAUUUUAACUUCACUGUAGCUCCUACAGUUGACCACUUGGAAGAAUAUAACGUUACCUGCGAUCUAAAAAACCACACUAGAAGGUCAGCAAACAUGAAGGAGGAUCCAACCAAGGAAAAGGCUAUAAACCACACUUGUAGAAUUAUGAACUACCCGGAUAAUUGUAUACACAUCUCUUUGCACCUAGAAAUGGAUGCAAAAAAUUUCUCUUGUUCCAUGAAGAUCACUUGGUAUAUUUUAAUAAUGUUAGUUUUCAUAUUUUUGCUCGUCCUUGUUAUUCACAAAAUAUUUGAAGACCAUAGACGAGUGCGGAGGUGGCAGAGUUAUAAAUACAAACCUUCAUCUGUUCUCUUCAGAGGAAGUGGUUCUGAGAAAGUUCAAACAUUGAACAUGAGAGUGAUUUCAGAGACCAUGCAGAGGCUGCCGUUGACGGAGAUCAAGGAAACGCUGGCUCCAAUACCAGAACUAGAAGUUCUUUCCACGGUGCAUCAGUACCAUCAGUAUACACGAACAUCCUUCUGAAUUCUUCUGGACAAUUUGGACCAAACCUUUUUUAAGAAUACUCAUUAUUUUAUUUUGGGAAUGAGUUAACUGGUGAAUACAUAUAUGAGACCAGCUGAGAAUGCACAAAAGGAAAUAGCAGGAAUACUGGCUGUUUGGUGAAAACUAGCUGGAGAGUACUCAUUGGACCCAAGAGAUCAAGGAAAUGAGAGUUUUGUCAGAGAGCCAAAUGAGUCAUGGAAAUAAGCUGAUGAAACCCAUGGAAAUAACAAGAGAAUGUUUAUUCUUCUUUGUUAUCCAUCAUUAUACAGCUUACAAUAGUCCCAAUAUUUUGAUUUUUGAGGAAUCAAUAACAGGAUCAAGGCAGAUUCUGACUUGAUAGGUUUUCCUGUACAAAUUGAUUGUUUCUUUUCAGCAAGUUACUUUAGAGGGCCUGGGUUGUUUGUUUAUACAUUUAUUUGGAUUUAUAAAUCUUGCCUCUUUUUGGCACUUAGGAUGUUUUAAAAAAAAUUCAAAGGUACUAAAAUGAAAUGAAUUUAAGUGAAAUAUUAAAUGAAACUUGAAUAUUUAAAUCUAAUAGCAAAAUGUUUCCUCUGAUUCUUGUAGCUUUCAUAUUUUUGUAGCUAUGUUGAUGUCAACAAUAUUUAUAGUUAUUAAUUACAAUAAAAGCACAUAUAGAUAAGAGGGCAGCUCCUAACAUUGAAAAAUAUAAACACACCUUACCAGAGUUAAGGUGGAAUUUAAUCUCCUGGCAUCGUUUGUUUAAAAUUGCUUAGCUGAGCAGAUUUCCAGAGUUUAACUGGAAGGUCAAGUUUACUAUUUAGCAACUUAAUAGAAAUGAAUGUUUCAGCACACAGAAGUUUUUCUGUUACUUCAUUUUUUUUUUUUUGCCAGAUCACAAACUGAGAUUCUAAUUGUAAAAUUUAGGUUUGAAGAUUUGGCAACUGGAAGUCUACUAGUCUCACUUUUUCUUACCCAUGUCCCUGAUGAAUGGGUGAGUCAGGCUCAGGUCUGGGAUAUUCAACAGAAGUUUAAGGGUAUCACACCCCAUGAGGUACGGUUAUUAUACAAUUUCUGAGAAGCCAAAUUAUCACUUUCUUUCUCAUCUCUAUUAUGUUCAGACUAAUGACAUGGAAAUCAAUGAGAACUUGGCUUACAAAAGACAUAAAUUAAACUUCAACUUCUGUUAAAUUGUGUCAGAUUUCUGGAAGCUAACUUAUUUAUUAAAAUAAAAGACUUAGAUACCGUGAAGCAGUCAAAGAUGUAAAUGGCCUGCUGUCUGCCCACAAAGGUUUACAAUCUGGUAGAAGAGGCAGGACGUUCAUACCACUAUUGUAAUACUAGACACAAUAGAGCAAGAUGAGUGUGUCAUUAACAGACUCCACGCUUCCUACUGAGAAUUCACGGGCCUGUAGGAUCACUUCCAGUUGGAGGGAAUCAGGGUGGCUUCUCAAGAAAGUGGCUUUUGAGCAGUGUAGAAGCUGGCUUUUCCUGAUCUCAGAAUAGGUAAAAUCCCCCAAGUAUAUACUUUCUCAUGUCUCAUAGCCCUUUUCAUGUCUGUUAUCUACAAUUAUUUUUGUGGUUAUUCAUUAAUUUCUGUCUCCUUCUAUAGACGGGUUCUACUUACCACCGUAUCUCUGGCAGCUGGCAUGAUGCUUGGCUCACAGUAGGUUCUUAAUAAAUAUAUAUUGGAUAAAAACUCUUUACUGAACCCCUUAUACAUCAGGCACAUGCCUUGUAUACUUUCAUUUCUUCCUCACAAGGACUCCUUGAAGCAGGUGUCAUUAUCCCUGAGGAAGCUGAGGCCAGAGGAGCUCACCAAUUUGCCUUUGGUCUCAGGGCUAAUAUGUGAAUUCAGUCCUAGGUCUAUUGGGCUGCAAAGCCUGUGCUACUCCCUGUAUAAGCACCACAUACUGUGGGGUAGAGAUGGGCAAAGGGAACACAACAUUUGGAGGAGGUGCCUGAGAAAAGGGGCUCCAACUGAGAGGACCAGCAAUGCACUCUUCCAGGCCUGCAAAGAUGCUCGGUUAACCAUGGCCUUGAAGAAGACAUCUGACUGAAACUGCUGCAUGGUUGCUGGUCCUGCGUGUCUCCCUUAGCCUGGUAGCUCUGCUCUCCUCCCUACCCAACUGGAUCCAAUAAAAAGGAAUCUGUCGUCCUUGGUGCCCGGUGUGAUUCAUGGCUUCCAAUCUCACCACUGACUCUGGCUUUUAGCACUCCCUGCUUUUCAAUUGGUACCAAAUCUGACCUUGACUGACCCUGUGCCCCUUCCCUAUGACUUGUAGCCUAGUGUGCAUCUGUGGCUUUCACCGCAGGCUUUCUCCCCAGCUGUGACCCACACUCACCUCCUCGACCUCUGUGUCCUGCUGAGGAGCAGGAUCCUAGCUCUCCAUGCAAGUGAAUUCAGGUGUAGAUUGGAGAGGCCAGAGAAGAAACAUGGCACCAUGUCAGAAGGCUGCCAGAAUUGUCCAGUCAUUAAGUGGACACAGUGGAAUUAAAGCGACAGAUAGAGAAGAGGAUCUGAAGGGAGAAUUGGUGGUACAAGGCAAAUGAUUUGAUGCAAGGGUGGGAGUGAGGACGGAGCAGGAAAAAGGGAAGAGAAGAGACACAGAUGGCAACCUUCUGGAUUUAUGUGUGGGGGAAACAAUAUUGCCCAUACUUAUAGCUGCUAAUUUGGGUUUCCAGAAGAACUUUCAUUUUCUACAAGAUUCCCUUCAAACUCGACUUUCGCCCAAGCCUUAAGUUCUACUCUCUCCCUUCCAAUACUUGUCAUCCUGGGCGAGCAGUGAUUCUUCAGACUGCCUUGCUCCUCCUUACCUCUUUUCUGACUGUGUCAUUUGCCCCUUCCUUCCAUCUGUAGAAAUCCUCUCCACCCUGCAGAGGCAGAGCAGCUAGCUACCUUGUCCAAGGAGCCUCCCCUGCUCACCCCAGUUAGAAUAAUGUCUCUUUUCUGUGUUUCCCUAAGAUUUAGUCCUCUUACCACAGUACUUUUCACAUCCAACCUCAUACAUCAACUACUUGUAUUCAUGUCUGUUUCCCCACCAGUUUGUGAGACUGGGAACCGCAUCUCUGUAGCUUCUGAGUCCCCAGUGACCAGGACUCACUUCUCCAUACCUACUCAUCUUGGUUAAUGGAUUUUCACAGAUGUUGGUUGCAAAUUCAGCAUAGUGGUUACCUCUCAGGGGAUGGGAUUAAAUAUCGAUAUACCAGUGAUUUCUAACACAAUGGUAACGUUCUUUUAUAAACUUGGUGCUGGGUAUAUGACAGCUUGUUUUGUUAUGAUUCAUAUAACUUACAUAUAUCUUAAAAUAUACUUUUGUACUUACUCGAUAUUUA